AGCUGCCUACCCCGUGACUCUUCCUCAUCCCGGAAGAGACGGGAAGGAGCGGCUGCCGGUUGCUGGUCCCUGUAUUCACUGUCACUAGGGGCCACAGCAGUAUGUUCGGGGCAGAGGAUGAUGACACGGACUUUCUCUCCCCCACUGGAGGGGCGAAGCUGGCCUCGCUGUUUGGGAUGGACCAGUCCGAGAACCGGCCGGGCAACGAGUCCUUCCAGUACACGGCCCCCAAACAGCCAAAGAAGGGCCCGGCCGGCCCAAAACCCCCCAAACCGUCCGGACCGGCAGCAGCAGCAGCAGGACCCGCGCCCUCCGUCCUCUUCGCCACCGCCGUGCACGCCUAUAAAUUCGUUGGCGGGCAGUACGUGAAGCAGGGGAAGUUCGGUGCGGCGGUUUUGGGUAACCAUUCGGCUAAAGAGUACAGGAUCCUCCUCUACAUCAGCCAGCAGCAGCCGGUCACCUCCACCCGGAUCCACCCCGGCCUUGUCUUUACGGUCCAGCAGAAUAACUACGCCACGUUCUACGAUGAUCAGCGCCAGAACUGGUCCGUUAUGUUCGAGUCGGAGGCGGCCGCCGCGGAGUUCAGUAAGCAGGUCUGCAUCGCCAGGUGUAACGGCUCUGCGAGUCUGGAGGGCGUCCUGUGCCAGGAUCUGCUCCUGGGUGACGGGCCGGCGGCCGACGCUGGAGAUCUGCUGGAAGUCGCUUACACCGGGUGGCUAUUUCAGAACCAAGGCCUGGGCCAGGUGUUCGACUCGAAUGUGCAGAAGGACAAAAUGCUGCGGCUGAAGUUGGGGUCCGGGAAAGUCAUUAAGGGCUGGGAGGAAGGGAUGCUGGGGAUGAAGAGAGGCGGACGCCGGCUUCUGAUUAUUCCUCCUGCCCUGGGGUACGGAGCCCAAGGCCUGGCCGGGCGGAUUCCUCCAAAUUCAACCCUCGUGUUCGAGGUGGAAGUUAAACGGAUGAAGGUGAAGGAUUUGGAGAGACAGAGCGUCGGAUCUCGAGAUUCUCCGGUGUCCUUGACAGACAGUUUACCCCAAGAAUCUUUACCCCAAGCGCCGACCUCGGUGCCGCCCCAGCCGGGGGAGCCCGCCGUCCGAGCCAAGUCUAAUUCCAUCAGCGAGCAGCUUGCGAAUCCUGACAUGGCGAAGGCGAAGCUUAUCUCACGCAUGGCGAGGAUGGGCCAGCCGAUGCUCCCCUUUCUGGCGGGAAGCGGCACCCCCCAGCCGGACUCCAGCGACUCGGACAUGGAGGACCCUAAUAUUCAGAGGCUCUCUCCGCACCCCGCCGCACCGCUCCUCGUCCGACCCACUCCGCAGACAAGCCACACGCCGGCCCCAGCUCCUCAGACACAGCCUGCCCCAGGUCUCCAUGUGCCCUCCGCUGCCCUCCUGCCCGUGGCCCCUCUCUCCUCCCAGGCCUUCCCGCCGGCGGCCCCCGGAUUCCAGCCUUACGCUGGCAUCCAGUACUCCGCAUCUGCCGCCCAGCUGCAGCCAAUGGGGUCCGUGUACCCCCCUCAGAUACAGCAGCCGGCGCAUUUUCAAGCUGCCGGGGACGUCACCGCUUUCCUGAUGACAGAAGCGCGGCAGCACAGCACCGAGAUCCGAAUGUCCGUCAGUAAAAUCGCGGACAAGAUCGAUAACCUGGCGUCCAAGGUCGACAAUCUCCAGAAGGAGAACUCGGCUGCAGCUUCCCACCUGAUCCCCGGGAUCUCGUCCAUCACCAUGGAGAGCGCCAUGAUCAUGAACAACAUUCAGCGCAUCGUCCAGGAGAACGAGCGUCUGAAACAAGAGGUUCUGGAUAAAAGCAGCCGAAUCGAGGAGCAGAACGCGAAGAUCGGGGAGCUCAUCGCCCGCAACCAGAGGUACGUGGAGCAGAGUAACCGGUUAAUGGAGCAGAGGAACGAUUCCCUGCAGACCACGGCCGAGACCACGCAGGCCAAGGUGCUCCAUGCCAUGAAGGAGAAGGUCGUAUUGGCAGAGGAACUGGCUGCGGCGACCAAUCAGGUGUCUCGGCUGCAGCUGGAGGUCACGACCUCCCAGAAGAAGGAGAUGGAGCUGAGGACGCGGCUGGAGGCCGCCCUGCAGGACGCGGAGAGGAACGAGGUCCAGCUGAGCUCGCUUCGAGUCCAGCUGAUCGAGGCGCAGGAGACGUCCGAGCGGACUAAAAGCCGCGCCAAGACCGAGAAAGACGGACGCCGGCAGCUGGAGGCCAGGUUGGCAGCGCUGGAGGAAGAGGCGGCGGAUCUGAAGGCAGAGAAGGAGAAUUUAGAGAAGAGCCUCGCAGAGAGGACAAGGAGGUCUCGGCAGGACCGGCAGCGAGCGGAGGAAGAGCAGGAGGAGAUACGCAGAACCUUCCAGGACGAGAUCGAGGACCUCAAGCAGAUCCUGAAGAAAACCCGUGAGCAGGCAGCCGCCGGGCAGCGCUCCUCGGGAAGAGAUCUCGACGAGCAGAGACUGGCGGAGCUGGAGGUGCAGGCGGCGGAGCUGCAGCCGCUGAGAGACAAGUGCGCGAAGCUUCAGAGUCAGCUGGCUGCUCUGACCGAGGAAUACCGAAAAACGAGAUCCAAGGUGGACGAGGCUGGUCCUGCCAAAGACACCACGGAGGAGGUGAAGAAGAUAAUGAAUGGCGUUUUCCAAUCCCUUCGAUCAGAGUUUGACUUGGAGGAGACGUACAGCGGCCGGGCCGUGCUGGCCACCAUCAUGAGCACCAUUAAGACAACCACACUGCGGUUACUGAACAAGCAGCAGGCCGAGGAGCCUGCGGGAAGCAGCAGCGAGGAAGAGGAGGAGGAAAGGACUGUAGCUCAAGCUGCCACCCAUCCCGUGGAGCAGCCUGAGACAGAAGAGCGGACGGCGUCUGAGCCCCAAGAAAUCCAGGAGGAGCCUGCCCGACGUCCAGAGGAAGAGACCUCAGAAACACAGUCAGAUAGGCACGAGACUGCAAACAAUGACUUCGAUGCCCGGUCCGACGACGCUCCCCUGGAGGAGGAGGAGGAGGAGAGCUCUGUGGAGGUGUUUCAGGAGGUGAUGGAUCCGUCAUCUGCUUUGGUACAUAUGAUCUCCAGUGAUCUGCCAGAGUCCAGCACGGUCACAUAUACAGAAGAAGGAGCGAGCGGGGGAGAAUCUACAGAGGGCGACGAAGCUUUCACAUCCGAAACGAAUCCCUCUCCCGCUGAAGCCCCGACCGACGAGAUCGAGUCUAUAAAUGGCCAAGAAGAGUCGCCUGCCCCCAACGUCCCCACCGCAGAGAACGGAGAGGAGAGAAGACCAGAUGUUCCCCCAGCCUCGGGGAGCGAGCCGGACAGCGGCAGCCCUGUCCCUCCGACAGAACAUACCUCGGCCGCGAAUUCCUCCGCCGUCCCUCCCGCGAAGGAAGAGGAUAUCGCCGGCCAAGCGACGUCUCGGAAACUCGAUGCCGGUGCGGACAACGCUGAGGAUGAAGAUUUGUUUAAAAUGGCUUCUCCCCGGCCCCAGAACGCCAAACGGGAAGAAGAAGACGAGGAGGAAGUGAGCCUGAAAGGUCGCCCCCCUCCCGCUCCCCUCUUUGGAGAUGAGGACGACGAUGAGGAUGAUGACCUAGACUGGUUGGGAUGAAGCCGGCUGGCGUCUCAAUGGCCAUUUCCGGGUUCUCACGAUCCCGAUAGAUCCCGGGGAACACGAAAAUAACAGCGAGGAACGGAAGAGGAACCACGAAAACCCUCGUUCCAGGGGCUGGAAGAUCGGAGCCGGGUAUUCCGUGUGCUCCUCCGCCUCGUGGACGCUCUCUUUUUUUUUUUUUUAUGGCAAUAAAACCUAAAGUCUGGUUUCCGUGCGGCCUGCGAGCUGUUAGUCGGCUGCCGAUUGUGUAUUUAAUACGCAGCCUGAGAUACCCGUCGUAUGUAUUCGAGAAAUCGAUGCUGGUUAUAGAGAAACCGGACCCUGACUAAUAGAACGUAAGAACAUAAUAAACGUCUAACCACAAAAUAUUAUUAACA